GAGACGGCGGAUGGGCGGAGGAGCGGGGAGGCGGCAGCAGCGAGGGGAAGAGAGCGCGCAGAGGUAGGGGAUCCAGACGUAUUAAUUAAACGACUCAUUUUCAUCGCACGACAAAAACGUGAGUUUAACGCCCAUCGGCGGCUAAUGCGUCGCCCCACGGCAGCUCGUGGAUAAGGGGUAGCGUGGCCAGGUUCCGACCAGCGAGUUUCAAACCACGGCCAACCGUCCAAUCCUGUCGAGGCUGGUGUACGCCUAGCGCGGCUCCUCGGUACCUUCGAGUACCGCCCAGCUCUGCCCGAUCCUCUUGCCCCCACUCCGCUACGCGGGCCGAGGUGGUGGGGAUUGGAAGCGGCUCGGCACACCCCCCACCACCACCCAAGAGCGCCUCGUUUAGCCUGUAAUUUGCUCAAACACUAGCAAGCUCUCGUGCCAGAAACAUCCGUCAGAGAGCCCGUGUCUGCUGGAGUCUCGAGAUACGCUUCUAGCGGGGCCCAGCACCAGUUGGCUCUGCUUCUUUUUUUUUUUUUUCCCCCCUUCGACAACACUCUCGCGCGCUCUCUCGUGCGGUGUAUAUACCUCUCGGCCGGUGUAAAUUUGGUGCGCCCGCAGGCAAAGAGCUCGAUGGAAGAGGCGCGGUCCCGUGAUAUCGCAGUGUGUGUCGGCCGUGUGAGCUAACCGCUUCGUUGGUGCCCUCUCAUUACGUUACAGUGGUGACAUUUUUUGACUCGGGUCUCGGGGGAUCAUCGCGCACGUUCGUUUGGGUGAUCUCUUGAGUGACAGUUUUUAUUUUUUUUUUCUAACGAAUCGUUAAGAUCGUGCGACGACGGGGAGGAUGAGCCAGUGGUGAUUAUUCCUUGUUGUGGAACUGAACAAUAUGAAUUGCGAGUUUCGAGGCGUCGACGAGAGGAGAAGAAAAGCAAAGUAAAACUUUGGCCGUUCGAAGGAGGAAAACGUCAGUGAGUGAUAGAUAGAAGAACGAUGCACUUGUUUAUAUCCGACCGAUGAUUUAACGAGUUUACACACACGUACACGCACGCACACACACAUACGCACACACGUACACGCGCGCACACGUACACUCACACCUCAAAAGCAAAAAGAAGAACUGCACGAAGAGAAGAGUCGUUCAGAGACAAAAAAAGAAAGAAAGAAAGAAAGAAAAAGGGAAAAAAAAGAAACAAAAAGGGAGAGUUACCGGUGCGUGGAUAAAAUCAGUGCGUUCAAAGUGUUCUCGAGGAGUAACCCGUGGCUGGACGUUUGGCAGGCAAGCGUUCUCGGUCUGGUGAAGGAGCCAGGGCCGAGGCGGGCGCAGGCAUGCGGCGGACCUGACUCAACCGAGCCAGCCUGUUGCAGAAGUGGCCAAUCCAUCAGCCGGGCGUACGAUAAUCGUACGAUGAUGCCGCUCGCGCCGACGCCAAUUGUUCCUGUGCCCUCGAAGCCGAAGAUCGGCUUCAGCAUCGACUCGAUCGUCGGCGGUGGUGGGCAGGGGCGGGAUGACCGUUUGGACCGUUUGGAGCGGGUCGAGAUCGAGAGGGACGAUGGAAGCCCCAUGGACGUGGUCGAGGGGUCCUCCUCCCCCCGCGCGCGCAGGGUGACCACGAGAUCGCCCGGCGCCCAUUCCGAGGGAUCCGACCGUCCCGUCUCCCGCAGCUCCUCCGUCGAGUCUUACCCCAACUCGCGGAGGACGCCGUCGCAUCCGGGCAGCCACCAUCACCACCACGCGAACCACCACGGCCACCAUCAUCAUCUGUCCGCCGCGACGCACCUCGACUUCGGCCGUGCAACGGUGCACAGCCACAGCGGGGGAUCGACGCCCAACAACAGCCCGAGCCCCCCUCACAGGAUAUCGCACGGGGACUCCCCGGUAGGCGCUCACCCUCAGCCUCCGCCAGGGGUCGUCAGGCCCAGCCCCAACUAUCUCGCGCCCCCGCCAGGCGCCGCGACCGCGGCCGCUGUCGCUGCCGAGCAAUUGAAGUCCCUUUACGGGCUGCCCGGCCACGGGCCGGCCGGGCCCCAAACCGGGCAAACGGAGUACCAUACGCAACAGCAAUUAGCCCUCGCCGCGAAUUUGGCAGCGGCCCAACAUUUCCAAGCUGCCAAUCUCGCGGUGGCCCUCCAGGCGCAUCAUGGCGCGUCGCCCCACGGGCCACCCCACGGCCCUUAUCCCCAUGGCGGUGCGCCUGGCGGGCCCCAUCCACCGCCGCAUCCUCAUCAGCCACCCAGGGACAGCUAUCCGCUUUAUCCCUGGCUGCUCUCCAGGCACGGAAGGAUCUUCCCUCACAGAUUUCCUGGAGGUCCCGACAUACCAGGCUUUCUCCUCCAGCCAUUCAGGAAGCCGAAGAGAAUAAGGACGGCCUUCAGCCCCAGUCAGUUGCUGAAGCUGGAGCACGCGUUCGAGAAAAAUCACUACGUCGUCGGCGCGGAGAGGAAGCAGCUGGCGCAGGCGCUCUCGUUGACGGAAACGCAGGUGAAGGUAUGGUUCCAGAACCGACGGACGAAGCACAAGCGGAUGCAACAAGAGGAGGAGGCGAAAGCGCAGCAGCAGUCUGGGGGCGGUGGAGGCGGAGGUGGCGGCGGCGGUGGAGGGGGCGGGAACACGAACAACAAUUCCAACAAUAAGAACACCCAUCACGUGAGCAAAUGGCAACAGGAGACCGGAGAUUAUCACCACGAGGAGGAGGAGGAAGAGGAGCACAUCGAUCCGGAGGCGGAGGAGUGUUCUAGCGGCUCGGAGGCGUAGCUAGACGUUCUCUGCCUGGACUAAGGUGCCAGGAAUUGCGUCUGACCGACGAUGAACGAUUGCUCGAAUUUGUGGCAACCGUGGUUCGAUCAUGAUCGACACAAGAAGCCGCGUAAGACCCGUAAGGAGAGAAAAGAAAGAACCUUUUGGACUUUGUACUGUGCGAUAAUGGAAUUGCCCGUGUAAAAGUUUGGAAUUGCGGGGGUGUGAAACUAAGGAACGCGAUGUAUCUGGGAGAAGAUAGACUAGUAUUAACUAACGAGGCAAAAUCGAGAAUUUUUUUUGGAAGGAUCGCGAUUUGGAAUUGCCGGAGAAUUUCCUUUUUUCUUUUUUUUAACGUGAACAUCCAAAGAACGUCGCAGUGAAGUGUAGAGAGUUUUCGAAUUCGAAAAGAUCGGGGAUACGAACGAAAAAAGGAAAAAAUAAAAGAACUUCGACCGGAGUUGGCGAACGAUAGUGCGAGUGAAUGCGAAAUCUCGAAAAUUAUCGAUGGAAAUCGAGAAAUUUCCUGCCGAUCGACCAGAAAUUGUAUAAAAAAAAAAAAAUUGUCGACAGUGAGAUCGCGCGUGUGUCACAAUCUUAGGAAGUGAGUGUUGCACGACUGCUCGAACAGUUCGACAGAGACUUCUGGAAUUGUCGAAAUUCCAAAAACACGCAUCGAGGGAAGAUGGAACGGAACGAAAGCGACGGACAGAAGAGGCUAAGUGUGACGGAAGAAAGAACCGGAAGCAGCGACAAUCCAAAGGAAUUGUCGAGGAAUUGCGCGAGUUUCCAAAGAUCCGCAACAACGAACGAGCUCAAGAUAAACGGCUCGUCGAUCGUUCGAUCGAGGAGUUGCCGAUUUUUCUCCAUCCCGAUCGGCAAUUCCACUAGCCGACGACGACGUAAGACUGCGUUGGCAUCCCUGCGUUGGCAAGACUGACAUAGCUCACUCGUGUUCGAAGAAAAAAAGGAGGGGGGGGGGGAAGAAGAAGAGAAAAAAAACGUGACCAGACUUUCCAGACGAUCGGAGGAGGAAUCGCGCAAAGUUUCCAAGUUUCGUGCGCGGAAGCUGGAUUAAUGGAGGCAUUGUUUCCCCUUAGAGUCGAGGCCAAAUGGACCGGUUUCCGGCGGAAGCUCGAGCAACGUAGCCCGUUGAAACGUUUCGAAGAAACUCGAUCGAUCUUUCGAACUUUUUCCAACCAUUUCUCGACGAAUGGAAUUGCGCUACUCUCGGCGAUAUCUAAUUUCUCCCGGUGUUUUUCUUUUACCAUAGUUCCUCGAUCGAUUCGAAGAGAAACGCGAGAGAAUGUUCCUUGGGAAUAUAUUUCGAGGAUAUUCCUCUCAGGAAUAUUUCUAAUGGAAAACGGAUCGAACGGAUCAGCCGGGUUUCCAAUCCUCCUCUAAUGGUUAUUAAUAUAUCGCGUUCACGCGCGUUCUUGCCAUAAAAAUUUCCGAUGGCGGAGCACAACCUGCUCGUGUACAUAUAAAUAAAUAAAUAAAUAAAUAAAUAAAUAAAUAAAUAAAUAUCGAGAAGAAUCGUAGACUGUGAUCCGUGGCGGAUCAGGCGUCUUGCGUUUCGUUGUUGAAAGGAUCGAAACGGAAGGACGUGGUAUUUGCGUAUGCGUGUUGCGUGUAUGUGAGCGAGUGUGCGCGCGUGUAUCUGUAAUGUAAAUAAUUCGAGAAGCGCGUUUGAUCGCUUUUGGAGGAAGUCGAGGAUCGUGAUGAUUACGUAGAGAGGAUUAUGCGGAGAGAAAGGAAUAAGAGGAAUACGAGUGCUUGUUGAUGAUGCGUGGACACGCGAUUGGCGCGACCUACGCACACUGAAAUAUGGAUACGCGUUUCAAUUUCUACGUUUCGUGAAAUCGAUUAGUUUUCAAAUAAACCCAACACUCGGUAAUCGAGACGAAAGAAAGAAAAGAAAGAAAUCGUAUUGGAUGGAAAUUUUCACUGACAUCGCACGAUACAAUAGAUCGAAUCGAAGAUUAUCAACAAACUUUAUUCUGCCUAUUUUUCUCGUCUCUCGAGAAAUCAAUCUAAACGAUGCAUCGCAAACGAAUUCAUAAAACUUAGAAAUCGAUCUUCGCGCAAUUUCAGUGUGCGCGGACCGCUGACGAAGCGAGCGAUGAAGAAGAGAGAAAGGAAAAAAAACAAAAAGAAAAAAAAAAGAAAGGAAAACAUGAGAGUGCCAAACUUCGUAAACCCCCUUCUUCCCCCCCCCCCUCUUUUUAGAAAUCGAAGAAGAAGAAGAAGAAGAAGAAGAAGAAGAGGAGAAAAACUUGUAAAACUCUUGUACUUGCGAAUUGUAUUCAACUCGUCGUUGUCCCACGAGCGACCAGUAUUUCCCCCUCCCCCCCUCUCCCUCCUCCCCCUGUAUUGAAAUCGAUGUAUGACGAUGUACUGAUGAAUUUAAAUUAUUAAUUAUCGAUUAUAGUUCGCGCGACGGGGCGAGCGUGACGCCCCCCCACCCCCACCCCUCCUCCGAGAAACGAUCGUUCCCGAGAAAUCAUCGUUUUCUUCUUUCCUUUUCUUCUCUCUCUCUCUCUCUCUUUCUCUCUCUCUUUUUUUUUCUUUUUUCAUUCGUACUCGAACUCCCUACCCGCGCACUCCCUAAUCCCCCCGGGAUCGAGCGUAUCGAUCGGGAUCGUUGGUUCGUUCGAUCGCCCGGGGGUGAACAGAGGCCGAUUCGAAUCGCCAUUGGGAGCGCAAACACACACAUACACACACAUGCACACACAUGUACACACGUUUGGAUGGAUCUGGUGUGAUUCCUCGGUGAACGAUCGGGCCCCACGCCCGACCGGUCCCGGUGUUCUUUUGUAAAUAAUGUUGUACAUAAGAAGAAUUGUGAUUUUACUCGACGUGCAAAAAAAAAUAAAAAAUAAAAAAUAAAAAAAGGCGUAGGAUUGUACGGUAAUACGGAUGAUUCAGUUCGUGUUCUAAAAACGAAAUAUAGCGAAAAAUAAAUUAUAUCAUCUCUUCACGACAAA